CCCGAGCUUGACAAUGGCUCAGCUGAUAGUGAUGUAAUAAUAAUGUAUUUGCGCACAAUCGAGCUUGUGAAAGGUGGUUUUAGAAAAUUGCUUUCAACACGUCAAACGAGGUGUUUUCUUCAGGAAUAUAGAUCAAACAGUAGCACUUUCCAGGUGUAUAUUGAAAUGGACAAGAUAACAGCGCUGCGCUAUGAGCCUCUGCCCGAGGAUUCGCCUUAUGUGAAGCCCUUCCGCAUGUACUACACGCAGAAUGGCGAGGAGAAGAGCUGGGACUUGCUGAAAGUGCACGAUUCAGUGGCUAUUAUCAUCUUCAACAAGACAUCUCAGAAGCUAUUACUCGUGAAACAAUUUAGGCCAGCUGUCUACCACGGAGUGAUAAGCUCAGCUCAGGGAGGAAAUAUCAGCACAAUAGACUUGGAGAAGUAUCCUCCGCAGUUGGGCAUAACACUGGAGCUCUGCGCCGGAAUAGUGGACAAGAGCAAAGCUCUGGUCGAGAUUGCCCAGGAGGAGGUUCUGGAGGAAUGCGGCUACAAUGUGCCAGUGGAGCGAAUAGAGAGUGUCCUGACUUAUCGCUCUGGCGUGGGAGCGACUGGAGCUCUGCAGAAUCUGUACUACUGCGAGGUGACUGAUGGCGAUAAGGUGAAUUCCGGAGGCGGUGUCGACGGAGAGAUUAUAGAUGUAGUCGAACUGGGACUGGAAGAUGCACGGCAGAUGUUGACUCAAGGAUCUGUCGUGACGAGUCCGCCCAGCUGCCUUCUGGGCAUCCUAUGGUUCCUCACUAACAAGUUGCCCAAGCAUUGAGGCACUCACCUGUUAG